AUUAUUUUGUUGGGAAUCAAUCUCUUAGUGACAGUUUGAUUUCUGUUAGUUUCCAUUUAGUGAGAAACAAGAGUUUGUACCUUCAGCUUAAGGUCAUUAACACCGAGGACUGUGAUAAAAAAAAUUUUAUGGUGCUGCACCUCAGAGAAUAUAAGAGAGCAAAGCCUGAGGAAGCUUUAAUCAUCAGAGACACCAAAAAGCUGGAGGAUGUGUUCUAAUCUGAGUCUGAAGAACAAACUGGAGGCCCUGCAGUGCCAUUUCAACUGGGACCUCAAUCCUGGAAUUGAGAGACUUACUAUUAUACUGCACACCCUGGAGGACAUCGACACAGAGGAGGGAAAUUUCUGGCUGGGUCACAUCUACAACCUGCAGGGAUUCCUCCAGUACAAGCUAGGCUCCUCUGAAAAGGCCCUGAGCAUCUGCAGCCGAGCCACUAAGACCUUCCAGCAGCUUAAAAACUCUGAUGAAGGUCCCUGGUUGAUGGUGAACUUUGGGAAUCUGGCUUGGCUGCACCAUCUUAUGGGUGAAGAUGAGAAGAGUCAGGAUUAUCUGUCAAAGGUUGAAGCUCUGAUGAGUAAAUACCCGGCUCCAUCUGAGCGAGAGCUCCACCCAGAGGUCUGUGCUGAGAAGGCCUGGGCCCUGAUGAGGUUUGACAAGGAGAAGGCUGCCGAGCUCUUCCAGAGAGCCAUAGAAAUGCAGCCAGAAAACAUAGAAUGGCAGAGCAGCUGUGUGAUAUUAUCAGCAGAGGCCUUCUGGGGCAACAUGAAAAAAAUGACUCCUGAUGUCCUGGAGAAACUGAGAUCUGCCACAGAACAAGAUCCAGAAAACCUAUUUGUGGCUGUUCUUUAUUUGGAGGCACGAGCUGCAAAAGGAGAACAAAUUCGGAAUGAAGCUAUAAGAUUGGCUGAAAAGGUCCUGCAGAGGUCUACAAGCCGUUACAAUGGCAUCACCCCACUACUACGUCUGUACAGAAAUUAUAUGUCUAAAGAUGAAGCUAUUGAGUUAGCUGAGGAGGCCCUGAAGAGACAUCCUGACUCACGUGUUUUAAAGAGAUGUGCAGCUAUCUGCUACGUGAAGAAGAUUUUUUCUCCAGGCUUCGAUCCCAAUACUUCAAGAAGAACAAUCACUCGAGCCAUCACUCUCUGGGAGGAAAUGUUGGAGCUCUAUGGGGAAUCUAAACUUAAAGACCAAAUAACUCUAAAAAAUCUAUACGCAAAGUUAGAUGAGAUUAAAAAUGAAUCCAGUUAGUCGACAGAACUGGAGAAUCCCUCAAAACUCAAGUCAGACUCAGAAAUAACCAGAAGAAUCAUACAUUUCAUAGCAUCCUGGGAAAUCACAAUAUAUUCCUGCUUUGUUUUGUUAUUUACUGUUGAAAAAUCCGGGUGAACACAAAGAUCAUUUAUUUCACUGCUGGAUUUUUUUAUAUUUAAAAUAUAUAGUGGGACAUAUAUUUUGUUGUUCUUCUCAAAUUGUUGAGAUGGUUUUGAGGACUUGACCCAAAGCAGCAGUUCCGGUUUUUAAAAAGACAAAUAAAGUAUAAAAUAAUUUCCCCAUUACAAUGCAUUAAUUAUUUUUUCUCUUUAUUACUUCUCUUGGUAGUGAUUUUGCAACAUUUAUUGCUUUCAUAAUCUUCAAUUUAAAAAAACAAAGAGGGAAAGAAGCUGACCUUUUGUCUCUUGAAGUCAACAAAAUUGCUCCUUUAAUUGAGAGAAAUAUCUACAAUAAAGGUUGCCUCUUUUUGAA